UGGUCAUCGUGCAUUCGUGCAUAGGACUUCUUUGAGCUUCCGCUUGCGACAGUUCAGUUUCAUUCAAUACUAGCACCAACCCGCCAAGGCACCACCACCAAACCUAGGUCGCUGCAUUUGCUUCACCAAUCGCCAUGGGCUCCCUCGCCGCCGCCGACGAGCCGCUGCCUCCGCUCGGGUACCCUCCGGCUCGCCGCGACGGCGACAUUGUGGACGACUACCAUGGAGUUCUCGUCCCGGACCCCUACAGAUGGAUGGAGGACCUUGAGUCGGAGGAGGUGAAGGAGUUCGUCCGCGCGCAGGCGGCCGUGUCCGACGCCGUGCUGGCCACCUGCGACCACCGCGGCCGCCUGCGCGGGCAGCUGACGGCGCUGCUGGACCACCCGCGCCACCGCGCCCCCUUCAAGCGCGCCGGCAGCUACUUCUACUUCCACAACCCGGGCCUCCUCCCCCAUGCCGCCCUCUACGUCCAGCACGGGCUGGGCGGCGACCCCGACGUGCUGCUGGACCCGAGCGCGCUCAGCGACGACGCCACGGUGUCCCUGUCCAUGGUCGGCGUCAGCGACGACGCCGAGCACCUGGCCUACGGCACCAGCGCCAGCGGCAGCGACUGGGUGACCAUCAGGGUCAUGCGCGUCCGCGACAGGCGCCUCCUGCCCGACACCCUCUCCUGGGUGAAGUUCUCGCGCGUCGCUUGGACGCGCGACGGGGAGGGGUUCUUCUACUCGCGGUUCCCAACUCCAAAGGACGACGACGGCGCGUCGGAUUCUGGGAUCAGGACCGAUGUUAACCUCAACCACGAGGUCUACUACCAUCUCCUCGGAACCGAGCAGUCUGACGACGUGCUGUGCUGGAAAGACCCUGAACAUCCAAAGUACAUAUACACCCCUGAAGUUACAGAGGACGGCAAGUACGUGCUUCUGUCAGUCGCAGAAACUUCAGAGCCGGUGAACAAGCUCUACUACUGCGACCUCUCAUCCCUGCCGCACGGCCUACCAGGCCUCAACCGAACCCACGAAAUGCUUCCCUUCGUGAAGCUCGUCGACGAAUUCGAGGCCUACUACGGAGUCAUCGCCAACGACGGCACCCGGUUCACCAUCCUCACGAACAAAGACGCUCAAAGAUAUAAAUUGUCGCGGGUCGACGUCGAUGACCCGCAGUCGUGGUUCGACGUCUUGCCCGAAGACGACAAGGCCGUGCUAGAGUCGGCCUGCGCCGUGCAUGGGGACAAGCUCCUGGUGAACUACCUGUCGGACGUCAAGUAUGUGCUGCAGAUGAGAAGUUUGGGCACCGGGGAGUUGUUACAUGACAUUCCGAUCGACAUCGGCAGCGUCAACGGGAUCUCCGGCAGGCGCGCCGACUCCGAGGUGUUCGUCGAGUUCGCGAGCUUCCUUACUCCGGGGAUCGUCUACCGGUGUGAUCUGAGCAGUGGGGCUCCUGAGAUGAGCAUCUACAGAGAAAUCUCGGUUCCAGGCUUCGAUCGCACGGAGUUCGAAGCGAAGCAGGUGUUCUACCCGAGCAAGGACGGCACCAAGAUCCCGAUGUUCGUGGUGUCCAGGAAGGGCAUCGACCUCGACGGGUCGCACCCGGCGCUGCUCUUCGGCUACGGCGGGUUCGGCAUGAGCGUGACGCCGCAGUUCAGCGCCGCCCGCGUCGUCCUCAUGCGGAACCUCGGCUUCGUGGCCUGCAUCGCCAACAUCCGGGGCGGCGGGGAGUACGGCGAAGGCUGGCACAAGGCCGGCUCGCUCGCCAACAAGCAGAACUGCUUCGACGACUUCGUCGCCGCCGGCGAGUUCCUCGUGUCCGCGGGCUACACGAUCCCGAGCCGGCUCUGCGUCGAGGGUGGCAGCAACGGGGGGCUCCUGGUGGCCGCCUGCAUCAACCAGCGACCUGAUCUUUUCGGGUGUGCUCUUGCUCACGUCGGUGUCAUGGACAUGCUCCGGUUCCACAAGUUCACCAUCGGUCGUGCGUGGACUUGUGAUUUCGGCUGCUCUGAGAAAGAGGAAGAAUUUCAGUGGCUGAUCAAGUACUCCCCGCUGCACAACGUGAGACGGCCGUGGGAGAAGUGUGCCGCCGGCGACCAUCACCGCCACCAGUACCCUCCCACCAUGCUGCUGACGGCGGACCACGACGAUCGCGUCGUGCCGUCGCACACUCUGAAAUUCCUCGCGACGAUGCAACACGUGCUGUGCAGGAGCGUGGAGCAGAGCCCGCAGACGAACCCGAUCGUCGCCCGGAUCGACCGCAAGAGCGGCCACGGCUGCGGCCGCUCCACGCAGAAAAUCAUCGACGAGGCUGCGGAUCGUUACGCGUUCGCGGCAAAGAUGAUGGGUGUCUCUUGGAUCGAUUGAGCUGGAUCUCUGCGCAUAGCUGAUAAUUGCAGCUACACGAUUGUAACUGCAAUUAACUAUUGCAAUUCGAACUCUAAUUCUAUGAGGCAUUACUCGAUCCGUCUAUAUAGAGUACAAAUUGGCAACUGAGGAGGGGGUGUAGGUGGGUGACUAAGUUCAGUCUUAUAUUGCUAGUUGGGAGAAAUU